AAAGGGACGGGAUCACUAGCAAACUGACCUAACCACAUAUGCUUGAAGUUUAAUUUUGAGAACGAAAAUUGUGGCAUUGUUAGUAGCUACAAAAGACGAUCAGCAUUGAAUUUGCCUGAUUUAAGUAACUCAAAAUGCCACUGGUAUUUCGGUCAUUGUAAGAAAGUUGAAUUAUUCAACCUCUGCAUUUAUCAUUUUUGUGACCAUUUUUUUUCUUCUUUUCUGAAUUUAAAUGGAAAUUUUCAGAUUGUGCACUGUGCUAGAAAUUUUCUUAUGGAAAUUGCCAAGUCCAUUUGAAAUGGCUACAAUCUUAUGUUUUUUAAAUUUUAUUUUAUAUUAUUAUUUUUUCCAGUUGCCGAGGAGAAAUGAGGGCGUGCGCCAUGUACUGUUCUAACUUGCAGAUACCUAAGUUUGGAAUUCAGUCACCAUCUCUUCGAUUGGCAUCUUUACGAAGAAGACUAACAACAACAACCGCUUUAAGCAAAUCACAUUCGAAAUCCUUCAGAAGCAUACAAUACUCCGAUGCUCAAGCAACGAUUUUGGAUUUCGGAGUUUUGAAGGAUCUUGUGAAAAUAUUUGUUCUAGACCUUGAAACCACCGGACUUUGCAGAAGGAUAGGACAUGUAACUGAAAUCGCACUCCGCGAUCUUCAAGGCGGCAAGAACAGUUGCUUUCAAACCCUGGUGAACCCUCAACAACGUGUUUCAAAUUGUAGCAUCCACGGUAUAACAACCGACAUGGUGACACAUUCAGAUGUCCCGAGGAUGGUGGAGUUGAUUCCGAUUCUUCUCGAAUACAUCAGAAGCCGGCAAGGACCUGGAGUGCAAGUUUUAUUUGCAGCUCACAAUGCACGGCGUUUCGACGUGCCCUUCUUAAUCAAGGAAUUCAGCUCCUGCUCGUUUGAAAUUCCUCCUGACUGGCUGUUUCUGGACACCCUCGCACUGUCGCAUGAGUUAAGGAAAUUAUACGGGCCAAAGGUUCCUCCAAAGAUCUCUCUUGAGGGACUUAGUGAGUUCUACAAGAUCACUAGAGAAGGUCCAAAACACAGGGCCAUGGCAGAUGUGAACUUGCUGACAUCUAUACUUCCAAACAUGACUUCUGACCUCAACCUCGGAGUCGCGGACCUUUUGCAGAGGAGUUUCAAGGCUUCUGUCUGCAGUAUUACUUGA